CUCGGUGAGGCGCGAGUGAGUCAGAACCCGGGCCGCCGACGCGGACCCCACGAGCAGCCAGCUCAGGGCAUGUUCCGAGACUUCGGGGAACCCGGACCGAGCUCCGGGGCCGGCGGUGCAUACGGCGGCCCGGCGCAGGCCCCCGCGACCGUCCAGCAGAAGUUCCACCUCGUGCCAAGCAUCAACGCUGUGAGUGGCAACCAGGAGCUGCAGUGGAUGGUACAGCCUCACUUCCUGGGCCCCAGCAGCUACCCCAGGCCUCUAGCCUACCCCCAGUACAGCGCCCCCCAGCCCCGGCCUGGAGUCAUCUGCGCCCUGGGGCCUCCUCCAGGGGUGCGUCGGAGGCCCUGUGAACAGAUCAGCCCCGAGGAGGAGGAGCGCCGUCGAGUAAGGCGUGAGCGGAACAAGCUGGCCGCGGCCAAGUGCAGGAACCGAAGGAAGGAACUGACUGACUUCCUGCAGGCGGAGACUGACAAACUGGAGGGUGAGAAGUCCGGGCUGCAGCGGGAGAUUGAGGAGCUGCAGAAGCAGAAGGAACGCCUGGAGCUGGUGCUGGAAGCCCACCGCCCCAUCUGCAAAAUCCCCGAAGGGGUCAGGGAGGAUGACGCUGGUGGAGGAGGCGGCAGCCCGCCGCCCGCCUCCCGCCCUGUGCCUUGUAUCUCCCUUUCCCCAGGGCCUGUGCUUGAACCCGAAGCCCUGCACACCCCCACGCUCAUGACCACACCCUCCCUGACUCCUUUCACCCCCAGCCUGGUCUUCACCUACCCCAGCACUCCUGAGCCCUGCGCCUCAGCCCACCGCAAGAGUAGCAGCAGCAGCGGGGACCCGUCCUCUGACCCCUUGGGGUCCCCUACCCUACUCGCUUUAUGA